ACGGAGGAACAACACACACCAGGACUUGGUCCGAAAUCCGAAUCGCCGCAUUGACAACUCCGGAAACACUGACGGGAAUUUAGCUGUCCGCGAUUCUUGCCUUGCUCUUCGUCCGAUCGAAAGCAGCGACGACCGUGUCUGUGUCAUUCACCUCAGUGACGGAUUUUUUCUUUCGAGUUCCGAAAGAUGGCAAAAGCAAAACAACAGAACAAGUCCAAACCAAAGAAACAAACACAAAUUAAGAAAAGGGGGAAGCAGGGUGAUGUUACUCAGUUUCGAGCUCAGCUUGAUGCAUUAGGUCUACAAAUUGUUCAAGUGACAGCUGAUGGUAAUUGUUUCUUCAGUUUGCAGGUCCAUUGCAGAUCAGCUAGAAGGUAAUGAGCAAGAACAUGGAAAGUAUCGCAGCAUGAUCAUACAAUAUAUAAUGAAAAAUCGUGAAAUGUUUGAACCUUUUAUUGAGGAUGAUGUCCUGUUUGAUGAAUAUUGCCAAUCCAUGGAAAAAGAUGGCACCUGGGCUGGGAAUAUGGAAUUGCAGGCAGCUUCUCUUGUUACACAUUGUAAUAUAUGCAUUCACCGGAAUAUGUCUCCUCGCUGGUACAUACGCAAUUUCGAUGAUCGUGGUGCUCGUAUGGUCCAUCUUUCUUACCAUGAUGGGGAGCACUAUAAUAGUGUGCGGUUAAAGGAAGACCCCUGUGAUGGGCCAGCAAGGUCAAUGAUAAUAAAGGCCGAUGCUGAUCUCUCCAUGAAUUCUCAUAAAAAAAGCGCUGCAGUUAGCAAGUGUAACGGGAAAGGUGUUAAGGAUAUGGCUGAUCCAGGAUCCACCAAAUUGGUAAUGUCAGGAUCCAGUUGUGAAAGUGUUGAAGAAGUCAAGCAGAUUUUGCUGCAAGUAGGUGGUGAUGUCGAUGCAGCAAUAGAGAUUCUGGUAGCAGAACAAGGAACAACAGAAUUCUCGGCAGAAAAUGAUUCACGUCCUUGCAUUGCAGUCAUGUGCGAUGAAUAUGUAGAUGAUGAUGAAAAUGGAAAUCUCAAGCAGCAAAAGGAAGAGACUGAGAAGGCUGACAUGCAGGAUCCUCCCGAUGAUAGCAUCAAAACAAACCACGACGAUGAUAAGCUGAAGAUACCAAGAAACAAGGCCUGCCCAUGUGGAUCUAAAAAGAAAUACAAGGCUUGUUGUGGAUCUGUCAAGGGUAGAUCCUCUGUCAAGAUUGUGAAUAACCAGGUAGACACUAGAAAAGGCAGAAAGAAGAGAGAGCAAUUCAGCAAACAAUCGAUGCCAUUACCUCAAUCUGAUGGAGGGCCACCAGACAUGGGUGCACUUUGCAUAUGAACUGAUUUUGAUGCACCUGUUCAACCAUGACUCCAACUUUUACUCCGCAAUCAUGCAAAGCGAUCGAAAUGUAGAAAAUCCAUUUCUUCCUACCUUUGAUGCCAAAGGUUAUACGCCAUGGUUUGUCCUUCUUGAUUUAUGAUCCCAUAUGGAAGCAAGCAAUGCCACAAAUAAUUCUCUUUAAACAGAACUUUUAUUUGCCUUUACCGUUUUAAGGAAAAGUAGAGAGGGGAAAAGUGGGAAGCAAGUCUGAUAAAUUCUCUUUUACUUCCCAUAUAACUAGCUAAAUAGCCUGUACAUUGCACAAGAAUCAUGGGAAGUUCAAGAAUUUUUCUUAAUUUUUGUGCGGUUAAUGAGAUGGUGAAAACUUCUCUUUU